AUGUCACACUAUGAAGAUAUGUCUUCUUCCUCUUCCGAGGAGGAGGAGGAGGAGGUUCCUGUGGAAUCGCUCAUCAAGGGACGCGAAAAGCGGAGCACAGCUGGACGGCAGAUGUCCGCCCUCUUAGACGCUGAGGCGGAUGAUGAACUGGCGCUAUUAUUCGAAGAGGUGGAUGAUGAUAAUGAGUUUGCAGCGGAUAUAGCAGAAGUGGGCGGCGAAGAGGAUGAUAUGGGACUUGAGUCCUCUUCCGAUGACGAUGAUCAAGGACCGAACGCUCAGGCGGACGACUUCGAGGGAGAACAACAAAUUCAGAAGGAAGAAAAGGAGGAGAAGAAGAAAAAGAGAGCCCAAGAAGACCUUCGGUAUAGGAUUACAAGCAAAAAGGUGAAAAUCGACCCAACCGCCGCGCCGAAGGUGCCAACGGGGGCUCCUCCUCGCCAAAGGAAGAAGUCGGAACGAGUUUCAUGGAUUCCUACAGUUGAUGAAGGACCUACACGAUCAUCCUCUCGUCGGCAAACCAUGCAAAAUAAAGAACUCACGCAUGCUCGGUUAAAGGAUAGCGAGGAAAAGCGUGUUCGUUUAAUUGCCACGAUGGAGGAAGCAGCCAAGCGGAAGGCAAAGCACAAGCCGAAAUCGAUGACGCAGGCUGAGCGUCUCGUAGAAGCCGAAAGAGUGGAAAAACACAACAGCAAAAGCCUCAAUCGUUGGGAGGAGAUGGAGAAAAGGAAGGCAGAGGAAAGGCGAGCGAAGAUUGAAGCAUUGCAGAAUCGCCGCCUCGAAGGUCCUGUUAUAUCUUACUGGAGUGGUGUCGCGACCUGGGCCGACGGACGGUUAACGCAAGUUGGGAAAGUAGCGAUCACGCCAAAGCCAGAGAAAGACGACAGUGGGCGGAAGAAGAGCAAGAAGGCGGAUAAAGAAGGGAAGAGUGUCACGGAGCAACCAGUGAGCAAUACUGCCACUGAACCUGGGGUAUCACAGGCUAUAGUCCCUAUCAAUCCGUCCGAAAACCCCACGCAGCCCACCACCGACGCUAAACAAGACCAACCUACGCAAUCUACUCAACCUGCUCAACAAACAACCACUGGUACCAGCGUGGUUAUUGAUCCGGCGUUGGAGGAGAACCACUCUGAGACCAAAAACGAAGCUUCGAUAACCUCUACCCAACCUAUCAGCCCUACGAAGGGAGCAUCGGAAGACCAGUUACCAGCCUCCACCCCCAGCGCAUUUCCAGAGGCAGACGCAGCUGCUAGUGUGCCAAAAGAGAACGCGGAAGUAAACGGAGAUGCGCGGGUUUCUAGUGAACAACUAGCAAAAGCAUCUAAUAGUGGGGCAACAAAAGGGACGGCAGAAGAGACACCAGACCGUCCGGCAGCACCAAACUCAACAUCACAAACUGAUGAAGUCACGACAGAGGAAAAUGAUCAGGCUCCUGACGCCGAAUCAUCACUUAAGUCAGAAGAGAAGCACAGCGAUGUCGCUCAAGUGUCAACUCCGGAGCCACUAAAAACCACUCAGACAAUACCUGGCGUGCAAUCGACAUCCGACCCUGCUUCAGAGCUGCCGGUUUCCAGUGGCCCCGGCCUUGAUCAACCGGGCGGGACACGGAAAGAGAGCCCACAGGUCCCAGCGGCAAUUGAACAACAACCUGAUAUCCAUAUAGACGAGCCAAAUGCGACAACUGCAGAUUCACAGCCACCUGCGGCUGCCCCCGCGGUCAUCGAACACACCGGAAGAUUCCUGACUGUGCUGGAGAAUUUUGACGACAAAACUGCCCAGAGUGGAGACUUCAGCAUCUACUUCAAUGCAAAGAAACCACCUAGGCUUACAAAAAUAUCGUCCUCACUUUGUGUUAUCACGUCACUUCCAUCACGCUACCGAGACCCAGAUACAUCCCUCCCAUUCGCAAACUCCUAUGCAUACCACGAAAUUCGCCAUACAGCUGCUCAAAAGUAUUCCUGGAGCCCUAUGCUUGGGUGCUACGUUGGACCCGCUGGUAUCGCCGCGCGCGGCGUACCUGCAAGGUUCCUAGAUCCCAGUGCCCCGAAAGAGAGCAGCCCAAAGCCUAACGGCACAGUCGAUGAGUCCAAAUCCCCAAGUAAGGAUGGAGAGGCCGCAAAGACGGCUGGCCCCAAUAACUCAACUCCAGCCGCGGCCACGACCACGACCACACCUGUGGCCACACCUGCUGCGCCAGCACCUGUUACAGUUGGCGCCAGCGAUGCCAUGGAUAUCGACAAAUGA